UACUUACUGUGGACGUGAGCGCGUACGAUAAAAUCUCCAGUUCCAAGUUUAAAUCGAGCCACAAAGAAAUUAAUUAGAUCAAAAUUAUUCGAAAUGAGGAUCAGCUCUGCGGCGAACGUCGCUGCCGUUGUUUUGCUCUUGGCAUUUAUUGCGUUAGGUUCGGCGAAGAAAUCUGGAGAUGUGAAGGAUCUGCAGAUCGGCGUGAAGUACAAGCCAAAAGUUUGCGAGGUUCAGGCACACAAAGGCGACAGUGUAAAAGUACACUACAGGGGAAAGCUUACCGAUGGAACUGUUUAUGAUUCAAGCUUCGAGAGAGGGGAUCCAAUUGAAUUCGAACUUGGCAGUGGUCAAGUAAUUAAAGGAUGGGAUCAAGGACUACUGGGUAUGUGCUUAGGAGAGAAAAGGAAGUUAAAGAUUCCUUCUAAACUCGGUUAUGGAGACCAAGGCUCCCCACCUACCAUACCAGGCGGAGCGGCACUCGUAUUCGACACAGAGCUUGUAGGAGUGAACGGCAAAACAUUGAAUGCUGAGAAUGAUGAUGAGAAAUCAGAAGACAACGAACUAUAAAUGUUCUCGUAGGUUUUGAACUUGUCAAGAAAACUAGAAAACCGCACAUCUCUUCAAGAUUGUGUAGAAGUAGUUCUGAUGUUAUCUUUUUUUCCCUUCUCCCCUCUUCAAAAUCUCUGCAAAAUAGACAAUUUCCUUUUAUUUAUUUUUUAUUAAAUUAUAUUAUUGGAUUAA